UUUUUUCUUGGCUGGGCGGUGACGGUGACUGCCUCCAACUUUGCUCCGGGAUGCUCUUCAAACGCUGAGAACUUUGAGCGGAGUGGAGGAGAACCUGGCAGUCACGGAAGCACUGAGGUUUAUUAUUAACAUUUUUAUUUAUUUUAUUUUUUUAGUUGUUUGAGGCGCGCGCUUGUUUUUCCGAGGUCGACGCAUGAGGCAAGGUAUGAGCACGGAGCUCCGCGAAGACGCCGCGUGCUCGGCUCAGCGCGCUCCGAGCCUGCCGUUCAGCGUGGACGCGCUCAUGGCUCGCGCAGGAAGCAGGGCUCCCGCCGAAACGCCUCGCUACGGCACCGGGCGCUCGACGCUCCUCUACGGGCCGCCUGCGCCAGACGACUGCGUCCCGUCGUCGCCCGUCAAGUCGGAAGCGUCGGAUCGCGACGAGGCGGCCUGGUCCAAGUCGGCGUGCUCACCACAGCCACGACACUUGGGUCCGAACUCAUGUUCUCUCAGAAAGCACAAGACGAAUCGUAAGCCUCGCACUCCAUUCACGACGGCUCAGCUCCUGGCACUAGAGCGCAAGUUCCGUCAGAAGCAGUACCUCUCCAUUGCUGAGCGUGCCGAGUUCUCCAGCUCUCUCUGCCUGACUGAAACACAAGUAAAGAUCUGGUUCCAGAACAGACGGGCCAAAGCCAAGCGACUGCAGGAAGCCGAGAUGGAGAAGCUCAAAAUGGCGGCCAAGCCCUCGGUGCAAUCGGGCCUCUCUUUCCCGUUUCCUCUCAGCAGUCAGCCACAGGGAGCAGCAGCGCUCCUCUAUGGACAAUCAGGACACUUUCCUUUCCGCAGAUACAUGCUCCCUAUGCCUCCACUUGGGAUUUACUCCACGCCUUUGGCCUAUAGUAUGUAUCAUUUGUCCUGAAAGGCAGUAUGGAUUUUUUUUUCAUCCAAACUGAAGACUGUUUGUUGGUGACUAAACAUCUUUGCCCAGUGGGCUGAUAUGUAAUCUACAAAGUGUGUCAAGUGGCCAAAACAACAAAAAAGGCUAAAAGUCUGUGUGUAAUUUUUGACAUAGUAGUAGCUUUCUAAAAGUUUUGAAACAGAUGUCAAGAUCCCCACAAAAACAAAGCAAAAAUAAAAAUAAAAAAUCCUUACAGGCCACAGCUUGGGGAGGCUGUGUCUAAAUGCACCUUAUAAAGACUAUGCAGGUUCAGAUGCUGGAUAUACUGAACUACUUAACUGAACUUGGUAGGUUGAAGACUAAAAUUUAACAAUGUCAUUUUUAUGUUUUAGGGUCAAUUCAAAAGUGUGAAAGAAACCUGGCCUCUUCGUAUCAGACAUACAGAACUGUCGCGUAGGAAAUCAGUAUUUUAUAGAGGACAAAUUUCAAAUCAAAACAAUCAUCAAGUGCUAUUUUGUACUUUCUUCUCAGUCAGAGGAAAUGCUGACUUAAAUUUACAAAACCAAAUGUUGAUUACACAAGCUCUAUAUAGCCUUUCAUGACUUUGUGUAGUGGUCACAUAAUUAUAUUUAUAUGAGGAACAAAUGUACCAUAAUAUGUUUUUAUAAUAAUGUUGUUGCUUUUCAUUAAAUGUAACUUUCAGAUGAAACUUGGUGUGGUAACAUGGAUUAGUAGAUGAUGACACAAGCUAAUACAGGCCAAUAUAAGGGAAAAGAUAGGGACGAAAAAAAAAUACUAACCUAACACCUUUAUGGAAAACUGCAUUGUAAUUACAAAUUAUUUGAUUGGGGUUGAUGAUGCAGUAUUUGAGAAUGUGAGAUAAGCUCGACCCCAAAGGCUGCAGGGUUGCUAAUGCUUUUUAAAUUGAGCUGCUGAAAAGAGGCUUUUAGGCAUUCAUGCUCAUAAUCUUUUGAAAUGUUGAGGUUGAUCUGUAUGGCUCUCUUUUUUCGUCCUGGUGGUCUUGGGAAAAGUUAAUUAAAUGGUGUCAUUACAUGACGCACUGAAACACUGAGGCUCUCCCAAAGCUAUUCAAGCUGGUUAAACUCCCUCUGUGUAUAAGCACAGGAAUGUGGCUCCCUUUUGAGUUUGACACGUUUAACUUUUCCAUCUAUUGUCAACACUAUAGCACCAAUUUACUGUCUACACCCUGUCCUACACCCUGGCUGUUAUUAAGUGCAAAGUAAAACUAAUAGUAUAAUAGCAGCUUUGUAUUCAAAUUAGUCAAGGCUGUACCAGGGCAUGUAGGCAAAUUUCAAGAGGUAUUUAGGUUCAGUUGUUAUGUUUUUGCAUGUAUUUUGGGAGUGCCCUCUUAAUUCCUGGCAGUAGGGGUGUGAUAAUAUAUUUCUAAGCAACUUGUAAUUGUCGUGUUUUUGAACACCCUGUAUUAACGUUUUUUGGUUAAAGCUAAAGAAAUAAGUUCAAGUUAAAUACCCUAAAAUUAGAAAAUCCCUAAGAUGAAUAGAGAAAUGUUUAGGGUCCCUGGAGGAGGAGUAGUAGCUCACCGCCAUAGCCUGGGUUCGAUUCCCGGCCAGGGAACCAACCCCGCACACGACAGCGCACUCCCAGUGCUGGUCCCAAGCCUGGAUAAAAUUGGGCAGGGUUGCGUCAGGAAGGGCAUCCGGCGUAAAAACUGUGCCAAAUAAAAAAUGGGGACCAAUGAUCUGCUGUGGCGACCCCUAACAGGAGCAACCGAAAGAAUAACAACAACAAACAGAGAAAUGUUUGUGACUUUAUAUAUAUUAUUUAUGUCACUCUAAUUAGGCACUUUGUAACAUACAACUAUUCUAGCCUUAUAGUAACUUACAGUCUUACAGUAACUGCUUGACCAAACAAGUGCCUUCAAUAAAGCAUGCUUUUAGAAUCCCAUUACAGUCUGAGAGUGGACUGUAAGUACAAAGAUUUGGGUAUUUGAUGGAACACUUGUUUUCUUUUCCUGUUUUAACUGCUAAUCCUAGGUAAACUGUAAUUAUAUGUGGAAAAAAAUGACCAUGAUAGUGUGUAAAUGUGUACAAGUUAAGCUGUAAAUUUUAUAGAUGUCUAACACCUUUGCCAUUCAUCACAGUGCUUGCCUUGUUCAGUCUCUUAACAUUUACUGUGACUGUCACUUCUUUAAACUAUAAGCAGAAAGCUUGUACAUGGUGCAUCACUGCUCCUUUAGUAAAUGUCUGGGGUCCCUUAAAAAAAAAACCUUUGUCUUAACACAAAGCACUUCCAGUAAUCAAGCUUGCUUUCCACAGCUUUUGACAUUCUGGACUGUCAGAAUGGGAAAAUAUGUCUUAUUUCUACUCCAUCAUGCAUUUAGGGUCCUAAAGAAAAGCUUGUUCACUUUCACUAACCACUUUAUCCUGGCUAUGGAUGUGGUGGAUCCAGAACCUAUUCGGGAUCACCGAACAUGAGGCAGGAAUACUCCCUGGAUGGGAUACCAGUCAUACACUCAUUCACACCUAGGGAUGAUUAAUCAUAGCCGUUCCUGCUACCAGAAUGUAUGUGAGAGGAAACCAGAUAAGCCAUAGGAAACCCUCAUGCAUAGGGGGAGAAGAUGCUCAGAAACUCCACUCAGACAGCUCAGGAUCAAACCAGGUACCCUGGAGCUGUGAGGCAGCAACACUACGCAUUGAGCAACCAUGCCAUCCCCUAAGGCACAGCAUCCCAGCCCUGUUCCUGGAGUACUCCCUGUCCUGCACAUUUUAGUUUUUUAGCUGCUCCCAGCACAUCUGAUUCAUCUGAUCAGCUAAUUAACAGCCUUUCCUGAGUUGAAGUGGGUGUGUUAAAGCAGGGAAAAUGCUAAAAUGUGCAGAACAGGGGGUACUCCAGGACCAGGGUUGGGAACCGGUGCCUUAAGGAAAGCUCUAGUCUACAAAGUGAACACUGGUGCUUGUUCUUCGCAGGUCCUUGGCUCUAAACUCUUAUAUCUUCUCUCUGCCAAAGCUUUCCAGAUCUGGGAUUUGACUUAUCAGCCUUAUGAUCUUAAAUGCUGUGCUCCAUGUCAACCAGACCCUUACUUAAUUGUGCUUGACCUCCAAUUUUAGUUUAACCGCUGUGAAAUCAUGUGUAUGUACUGUGCUCAGUGAUAAGGACCAGAACACAUUUUGAGAUUGGCCUUCACUCUCUCACUUAACUGUGGGAUUUACUGGCUCUAUCUGACUGCCUCUCUGUCCUGUGGAGCCAUGUUACAAUUACGAGCGAUUUCACAGUCCAUUUCCUUCCCUUUGUUUUGAAAACAAUCUCUGGCAUUAGUUUGAUAGCAGAAUGUUUUCGAGGUGCAAAAUUGCCUUUCGGCUCCAGAGAUUAGGUUCACUCCUUUGGGUUGAAAAUCCACGAUUUCUGUGCCAAGUUUGCUUGACUGCUCACUCUACUUAGUGCUAAGCUUUGAAAUGGUUCAAACCUGGGAGGUCCACAAAGGUGGCAAGAUACUUUAUGCUAAUCCAGAUAUAGGCCUUUAAUGCGCACAAAUUACAGAUGAUUUCAGGCUUGUGAGCCUAUUUAUGGUUAAACUAGUCUGAGUUUGUGUUCAAAAGGCAAAGUUUCCAAGCAUCAAAAGAAUAAAAACCAGCUAUUAGUAAAUAGGCAUGCUUCCUGUGAUGCUAAAUAAAUUUUUCCCAAAUACCUAAGUUCAGUUUGGUAUAUUAACAGCAGUUUCCUAUUUGUUUUUUUUAUUUCUUCAGAAUUUCCUAAAUAUACAAAUGGGUGGCAAAUUAAAGAAGCAUAAAAGUGUGUUAGGAAGGUGUUGGGCCACCAGAAGAGCUUCAGUGCACCUUGAUAUUGAUUCUGCAAGUCUCUGCAGUUCUUCCAAAACAUAUUCCCUCAGUUGGUGUUUUGAUGAUGGUUGUGAGGAGCACUUGUCUAAAAUCUCCCAUAGGUGUUAAACUGGGCUGAGUUGGGCUGGUGACAAUGAAGUGUCCUUACGGGAUAAAGGUGAUCAGUCAGAAGAACUUUGUAAUGAUUUGUAUUGAGGGGAAAACUGAAUGCAAAUCAUGCCAGCAAAAUAAAUACUGCUCACAGCAUAAUUGAGUCAUCGGUUUCAUUUAUCACGUGUACAUUUUUGGCCAUAUAGUCAAGAGCGCCAUCUACAGCAGCCUGCAUUUACAAUCCACAGCCUAGAUCAGGUGCUCAGAUAUGCCUUUAUAGUGCUGUUUUCAUGAUGGUCUAUGUAUACACACAUUCUUAUAAAUGUACCUUUUUUUUUCAAAUGUAGUGUAUAUUAUAAUCUUACAAAUUUGCUUAGGAACACCAAUGAGAGGAAUUUCAGUCAGGUGGUUGAUAAAUGCGGGCUGCUCUAGGUGGUGCUCUUGGUUAAGUCUUGUUCCAAUGCAGUGUGUGUGAAAGGAUGUAAGUGAAUCUGUAAAACCCCAUAACAGACAUAGCAUGUCUGUAGGUGAUACAAUAGAGUUUGGUGAAUUCCCUCCAGAAACUAUUUUUUUCUUCAUGUUUAUGAACCAGCUCAACAGUUACAGUAAUUUUCUACUUUUGUGAGCUUUCACAUUUCCAUGUGUCCAUACUGAAUGUGUUUUGAAGAUGUUGUUAACCUUUAUUACGUUAUCUGAUAUUAUGUGUGUUUUCACAACCUGCAUGUGCUUAUAUGACCAUUUUUGCCUGUUUUCCUGUAGGAUGGUGUCUGCCUUAUUGGUGUGUGUGUGUGUGUGUGUGUGUGUAUAAAUAUAUAACUGUUAACACCCUGAUUAUUUUCCACAAUUCUCAUGGUAUGUUAUUCACCUUAUACCACAGUAAUUUGUCAGCAAUUACAAUUCUUUUAAUUAUAUUCUUUUAUAGUUACAUUGACCCGUUAUCACUUACAUAUAGCAGCAAUGACAAAGCCCUGACAUAUAAGUUGAAUACAUAUAACAAUAUAGCAUGUUUAUUUAGUUGUUUAUUGCGGUAGUAACCUGAAUAAAAAAUUAACACACUGCC